AUUUUUACUCCUCUGUUCGCCUUUGAGGUGGUAGUGAGUGUCUGACAGCUCCAUGUGAUUUGAAGAAGACGAACUAGUUCUUAGUAUUGGGUAUGAGUUAUUGAAAUGAGAUGAGUGUAUGGUCUCUUAGUAACUAUAAGAACCAUUGUGUCUGCUAGUAGUCAGUAGGGAAGCAGAGAGGGCUGAUCAGUGCUGCACCAUGUUGUCAUUACAUGUGUUUUGCAGGGCUGUGCACAGACAGAUUGGUGUAAGCAAAGGCUCCAUGUGCCAGGCUGCUGCUGCUGCUGUCUUUGUUCCUGACCUGACCAGAUUGCACAGCCCUUCACAUAAUAUAAGUACAUCAUGCAGUGUGAAUGCUCAUAUAGAUGAGGAUGUCUUCUAUGCAAAAGGCUUAAAACAGACUAGAAGCAAUGAGCCUGGGAGGGGGACAUCAAUAUUUUCAGCGGGUUCAUCCAAAAGAAGGGCUGUCAGGAAUAAAGAUGAAGAACCGCCUUCAGCAAAGCAGGAUCGUACCCCUUUAAAUAGAAUGCGAUUUCCUUUACCCACGGAGCCCCUAGGAUCUGAUGGCUGGAGGAAACUGAAAGAAGAAUGUUCCUUCACAAACAACUAUGAAGAGCGGGUGAUUGAACAGAUGAUUAAAAUGGACACCGAUCUCAACAUCGCCAAAUCUCUUUUGUCUUUUGUGGCAGAAGAAAAUGGCGACAUCAGCUAUCGGAUACUUGUGAAGUAUUUGCUGUUGUGUGUGCAGCGGAAUCAGGUAGACGAGGUUUGUGAUGUCUAUGAUAUCAUGAAAAGGAAAUUUCAGUCUUUCGAUACUGGAGCCAAUAGUUUGAUUAUUAGGGGUUUGGGCAAAACAGAUCGCUGGAGGGAGUCAAUAGAUAUUCUAGAGACUAUGAAGAAGGUAGGGCCUGUUUCUGCCCGCAACUAUGCAGACUGUGUUAAGGCUGCCAUUGAAAACCAAGAAGGUGCCCUUGCUUGGACGCUGUACGAUGAAAUGAUACAGAAAAAUAUGCUGGUUCCUGAGGCUGCAAUUUUGAGUCUUUUUGAUGCCCCUCAAGAUUUGCAGGACGAUGAUCACAGAAAACGGCUGAUCUCCAUUUUGAGUUAUUUUAGGCAAAACCAAAUCUAUCCUGGAGAAGUAUUGAUGAAAAGUAUAAAAUCUUGGUUUGAAAGUAUUCCCAGUGAAUCCUGGAGGGGGAAACUCACCAAAGUCACUAAUAGUGGUCACUGUCAGGCAUGUAAACAGCAGAUUGAGUCCAUUGAUUUGACGCCAGAAGAAUACAGUAUUCUGAAGAAAGCGGUCAUUACCAGCAUCAUUCAAGGGGAAGAUACUUUUCGCAAGACCACUCCACAAGAAUUGCAGGCAUUUCUUCAGUAUGUGAAUUCCCGGCCCCCAUAUGACAUUGUGGUAGAUGGGCUGAAUGUGGCAUACCAUUCCAAAAAAGCCAUUUAUUCCCAGGCUCUCUUGGAUGUGGUCUCUAGUCUGGCAGCAAGGGGGAAACGUAUUCUGGUGUUGGGGAGGAAACACAUGUUAUUCCCCUCUAAGAAAUGGCAAAAGCAGGACAUUCAGCGCUUGAAGGGAUAUGCUGACUGCUUUUUCCUUGACAAUAUAUCAUUAGACGAUCCUUUCCUCCUUUAUGCAUGUAUAAACUCUGGCAGCCAUUGUUGUUUUCUGACCCGAGACCUCCUAAGGGACCACAAAGCUUGUCUGCCUGAUGCUGAAACACAACUCCUUUUUUUCAAAUGGCAGCGUGCACAUCAGCUAGUAUUACUCUCCGGCCCUGGAAGUCCUCGCUUUCAGCCUGUUCUUAACUAUGAUACAAUAUUGCAAAGUACAGACACCUCUUACCAUAUUCCAUAUGACAAAACAGAUGUGGCGAGAACUAGCUUUGAAGUGCCAAAGACCUGGCUAUGCCUGAAGAAGGAGGAGUAGGAUAACCUGUUAUAUACCUAUGUGCUUAUUUCACUCAUUCAGUUCAAACUUUACCAGCAGCUUCUUCUAUUUUGUACUUCUCUUCAUUGGGAAUAAAGUGCAAGACCAUUUUUA